GCACUGAAAGAGAAGAUUGAAUCAGAAAGGGGGAAAGAUGCUUUUCCAGUAGCUGGCCAAAAACUAAUUUAUGCAGGUAAAAUUCUUAAUGAUGAUACUGCUCUUAAAGAAUACAAAAUAGACGAGAAGAACUUUGUAGUGGUUAUGGUGACAAAACCCAAAGCAGCAGCUGAAGUGACUCAGCAGCCAAGUACUACUACUGCUACAAGCUCAACAACUGCAGCUCCUGCACCAGUCAGUGUGCCAAUCCCUGCUGCUGCCUCUGUGCCAGUUCCUGUUCCCCCAGCACCUGAUGCAGUUGCUUAUGAAUCUGCACCUGAAGAAGAGAUACUAGCAGAAAAACCAUCUGAGGCACCAGCUGCUGUCAGCCCAUUAUCAACUGGCAGUACAACAGGUGAUACAUCUCGAUCAAAUCUUUUUGAGGAUGCUAUAAGUGCACUUGUGACAGGUCAGUCCUAUGACAAUAUGGUGACUGAGAUCAUGUCGAUGGGCUAUGAACGAGAGGAAGUAAUUGCGGCGCUGAGAGCCAGCUUCAACAAUCCUGACAGAGCAGUGGAAUACCUUUUAAUGGGUAUACCUGAAGAUAAUCAGGCUAUGGCUGAACCCCCUCAAGCAGCAAAUGCUGAUGCCUCCCAGUCUUCAGCAAUGGCAGGAGCAGUAGCAACUAUACCUACGGCUACUAGUUCAUUAGGAGGACAUCCACUUGAGUUUUUACGAAAUCAGCCUCAGUUCCAGCAGAUGAGACAAAUUAUUCAGCAAAAUCCCUCGCUGUUACCAGCAUUGCUACAGCAAAUUGGACGGGAAAACCCUCAGCUACUGCAGCAAAUAAGCCAACAUCAGGAACAUUUUAUUCAUAUGUUGAAUGAGCCAGUUCUAGAGCCUCGCCAAGGUUUAAGUGGCAGUGGUGAUGGUGGCAGCAUUGGAGGAAUAGCAGAAGCUGGAAAUGCUCAUAUGAACUACAUUCAAGUAACACCUCAGGAAAAAGAAGCUAUAGAAAGG